AUGUAUAUUUUGAUAUAUUGUGGUCUUGUCUUUGUUCCUAUAAUUUCUGCAAGUCACGGUGCACCAGUAAAAUCGUCUAAUCUUUGUGGUUAUGAUGCAUGUAACUUAGGUCAACCUGAUAAACUUAAUGUUCACAUUGUUCCACAUACUCAUGACGAUGUUGGUUGGCUAAAAACUGUAGAUCAAUACUAUUAUGGUGCUCGUAAUGAUAUUCAACAUGCUGCUGUUCAACAUAUUCUCGAUUCAGUCAUUCAAUCAUUACUUGAAAAUCCUGAUCGUCGUUUUAUUUAUGUUGAAAUAGCCUUUUUUUGGCGUUGGUGGCUAGAACAAACUGAACAAAUGCAAAAUACAGUCAAACAACUUGUUAAUGAAGGUCGCCUUGAAUUUGUUUCUGGUGGAUGGUCAAUGAAUGAUGAAGGCGUAACACAUUACAAUUCCAUAAUUGAUCAACAUAGUUUAGGUGCUGAAUUUUUACGUGAUCAAUUUGGAGAAUGUGGUCGACCAAAACUUGGCUGGCAAAUUGAUCCGUUUGGUCAUUCAAGACAAGUAGCAUCACUCUUUGCACAUAUGGGUUUUGAUGGAUUAUUUUUUGGACGAGUUGACUUACAAGAUUAUGCUGAACGAAAUAAAACAAAACUAAUGGAAAUGAUUUGGAAAGGAAGUCCAAAUUUAGGUGAAUCAAGUUGGCUUUUUACUGGUAUAAUACCAAGAACUUAUGGGCCACCAGAAUCGUUUUGCUUUGAUAUAUCCUGUGAUGAUGAACCUAUAAAAGAUGAUCCACAAUUGCAUGAUUACAAUGUACCAGAACGAGUUCAAGCAUUUAUCAAUGCUGCACAUAAUCAAGCUAUCAAUUAUGCUACAAAUCAUAUAAUGAUGACGAUGGGAAGUGAUUUUGAAUAUGAAAAUGCAAAUCAAUGGUAUAAAAAUUUGGAUAAAUUAAUUAAAUAUGUCAAUGCUCAGCAAACUAAUGGUAGUGAUGUCAAUAUUUUUUAUUCUACUCCAUCAUGUUAUUUAUAUGCAUUGAACAAAGUCAAUCGAACUUGGACAACGAAAACAGAUGAUUUUUUUCCAGUUUCACUUAAUCCACAUGGAAUUUUGACUGGUUAUUUUACUUCACGACCAGCAUUGAAACGAUAUGAACGUCAUUCUAAUAAUAUUCUUCAAGUAACAAGACAACUUAAUGUAUUUUCAAAUAUGACGCUACGUCAUGCUAUUUUCCCUUUAAGUGAAGCUAUGGGUGUUGCUCAACAUCAUGAUGCAGUUAGUGGAACAGAAAAACAACAUGUUGCUAAUGAUUAUGCUCAACGAUUAUCACAAGGCAUUGAUUCAGCGCUUUAUGUUAUUAAUGAAGCUUAUAAAAAAUUAUUAUUGAAAGAAAAUCAAUUAUUACCAGUACCAACUCAAUAUCUUUGUCAAUUAUCAAAUAUUAGUGAAUGUUUACCAAUUGAAGGACAAGAUAGUUUUACAUUAACAAUCUGGAAUCCAACUAUUCAACCAAUUGAGAAUAUGAUUCGAGUUCCAGUCACAAAGAAAUAUACAGUUCGAAGUCCAACAGGUGAAACGGUUCUAACUGAUUUUAUUCCAAUAUCUAUACCAAUAAAAAAUAUUCCUGGUCGAAUAAGUUCUGCUGAAUAUGAAUUAUUAUUUCGAACAUCGAUACCAGCACUUGGUUUUAAUACUUAUUAUUUUGAAGCAAAAAAUGAUGUAAUAAUGGAGAAACAAUCUACAAGAAGAGUAACAUAUAAUGAAGCAUGUAUACUUCAAAAUCAAUAUCUUCGAAUUGAAUUUGAUGAUCAAGGAAAUUUAAAUACUAUUACGAAUCGAGAUAAAAAUAUUAUAUUACCAUUUUCUGCCCAAGGUCUUUAUUGGUAUACAAGUUUUCAGGGUAAUAAUACUCGUCCAGAAUUUCAAUCAUCAGGUGCUUAUUACUUUCGACCAUUAACAUCAAGUCCAUUACCAGUGAGCAAUACACGUAAUAUAACAUGCACAUAUACGAAUCAAGUACAAAUAGCAUUAAUUAUUUAUAAUGAAUGGACUUCUCAAGAAAUAAGACUUUAUGAUGGAGUUCGAAAUAUUGAAAUUGAAUGGAUCGUUGGCCCAAUACCCAUUGAAGAUAAUAUCGGUAAAGAAAUAAUUAUGCGUUAUGAUACAGAUAUUCAAAGCAAUAGAACAUUUUAUACGGAUGCUAAUGGACGUGAAGUAUUAGAACGGAAAAGAGAUUAUCGACCUUCUUGGAAUUAUACUGUAUAUGAAAGUGUUAGUGGAAAUUAUUAUCCAAUUCCAAGUCGUAUUUGGAUUAAAGAUAAUCAACGACAAUUAAUAAUACUUACCGAUCGAUCAGAAGGUGGUUCAAGUAUGCAUGAUGGUUCUAUUGAACUUAUGCUUCAUCGUCGAACACUUUAUGAUGAUUCUCUAGGUGUCGGUGAACCGAUCAAUGAAACUGCCUAUGGUAAAGGUCUUGUCGUAUGUGGCAAACAUUAUUUACUUCUUGAAACACCAGAAUCAAGGGCUUCUUAUCAUCGUAGUACUGCUCAACGUCUUUUUAUGAGUCCUAUUGGUACAUAUGCAUUACCAAAAGUACCUUAUGCAAAUUAUUCAAAUAGUUAUCGUCAAACAUGGUCAGCUUUGACUGAACCAUUACCAUAUAAUAUUCAUUUACUCACAUUGGAUCAAUUAUCAUCAAAAGUAUAUCUUAUACGAAUUGAACAUUAUUUUGAAUUAAAUGAAGAUACAACUUUUUCUAAAGAAGUUCAAGUUGAUUUACAAAUAUUAUUUAAUAGAUUAGGUAAAAUAAUUGAUUUCGUUGAAUUAACACUUGGAGGUAAUUUACCAUUGAAUGAAAUGAAACGACUUGUUUGGAGAACAGAUAAUAAUGAAUCAUCUAAUUGGAAAUCAAACGAUUCGAAUUUAUUAAAGAGUACAAUCGUUACAAUCAAUCCUAUGCAAAUUAAAACUUUUCAAGUUACAUUGCAAUAA